GAUCGGCAUCCUUUUAAAAGUUGUAUUUAAGAGGGUAAUCGUGAGGGUCCAGGGUAACGUCGUAGCGUUUUCCAGUUUGCCGUGGGCUCUGAGAGUACAAGAUAUUGGUCUUAGAAAUUCAUUGGUGCGUUGGUUCAUUCCACAAAAAACAAUUUCAUCUAUUCUCUUAAUUAUUUACUAAUUUCUUAAUAAUCGUAAAAAUGCUAAAAUUGUUAAAAAUGUAUUACAGUUUCAGGCUUUUAGAUUACUAUUAGACAGAUUAGAACAUGAGUUAAUGCCAGAAUUUUUUUACAGGCAUUUUUCUUUCCUGGUGUGUUGUAGGAUCGAUUAUAUAUUGGAUUAAUGGAAUAUGGUUAAGCAAUCUACUACGGGAAAUGCCUUUCUAAAGAAAACUGAAUCCUAUUUAUAUGUUAGACAGGUGAAGGAAACACAGAAAACUCAAUGCUGCCAGCCUACUGAGAAGGGUGCUCAAAUAACUAAAGCAUCUCAUUUUGAUUACGAGUUUUUACUUGGACAUAAAAUUGUUUUCAUAUGUGAAGCAAAAGGAGAUCCACAACCAAGAAUUAACUGGUUUAAGGAUGACAUCGAACUCUAUGCACAUCCUUUUAUAAAGAUUACGGAAUGGCAGCUGAAACACAAACACAUCAAAAGCAAAUUACAGAUAACACCAGCUCGACAGAUGGAUUCGGGGAUGUACGAAUGUCAAGCCAAUAAUAAAUACUCGAUCGACAGUAGAAGUUUUAAAGCAGAUUUCAGUACAAUUAGUAAAUAAAUUCGAUUUAACGAAAUUAACUUCUGGUAUGUAAUUGGAAAAACAGAGAAUAUGAAUGUUCCUUCACAUUUUUUUAAAAAGAAAUCUGUAUUAAAUAGCUAUUAAUAUCAUGUGCAUUUUAAAUUAUGAAAGUAAUUUUUGAAUUCUAUGUGUAAAAAGAUAUAUUAAUACAUCAAACAUAAUGUUUCAAUUAAAUA